AUGAGCGCAACAUCGUCGUCGUAUCGUCCGGCUCGCUCCUCUUUUUCCUCAUCUUCUGCUGCUUCUUCCUCAUCUUCUGCUGCUUCUUCCUCAUCUUCUGCUUCUUCUUCCUCAUCUUCUGCCGCUUCGUCCUCAAACUCCGUUUCUUCGGCGUGCUCUGUGCCUGCGCGCUCCCCCUCAUCCCCCUCCCAUCCUUUGUUCUCGCGAUUUACAGACGAGCUCGUGCGACUGCGGCAGGCGAAGGCCCGCGCGUCGCCGACGCAGGGCCUUCUCUCCGACGGAAGCUCGUUUGGCGUCGCGGAUGACUCUCGCAGUUUCAGCCAGCGCUCCGCGACACCGCCUGCCCUGGGCUGUCGCCUGGAGGCGAACGCGGUCGACUCCGAUCGGCCGAGUGCGCGGGUAGCGGAAGACGCCGCGCGCCUGAGCGCCGCGCUGCGCGAGCGGCAGGCCUUCCUGGCGUCCUUCGCGGCGCUUCCUCGUCCGCCUCUGCCUCACUCCGCUCGGAGCCGCCCCGGCCGUUCACAGGAACGCGCCGAAAUCCCUCGCUCUGCGCCGCCGCCUGCAGCCGGGCCUCCAAGCUCGAGAUCAGUGCGCUUGGCGGCCUUUCCCGUCGCGCAGCAGCGCAUCGUUUCGGCUUUUUCUCCAUCACGCUUCUCCUCCAGCGUGAAGACGUUUGCGCUGGAGUCUCCCGCGCUCCUCGCGGCGUUGGGUGUCUCGCGAGAGGAGGUCAGCGACGCAGGAGGGCUGACGCGCGCCGCGCGAGACGACGGUGAGACCGCCGGCACCUUCGCUGCGUUCUGCGCCCUCGUGAAGCAGUCGAUAGGCGCCGAUCAGGACGCUGCCUUUACUGCGGAAAUCGUGUACGACACUGUCACGUCGCACCUCUCCUCGUCGGCCGAGGAGAAAGAAGUCUCCGUUGAGCUGCUGGGCACGCUCGCUGACUUGCUGCCCGAGGCAAGGGGAGAGGAGUACUUCCGCGCACUCGUGAAGAGCGCCAAGGAGCUGCUGCUCACCGACGCACACCUCGUCUGGGAGCGCGCGGUGUAUGUACACUCCGUGGACGACGCGCUGCGGGGUCCAUACGCCGCAGGCCUCGUCGCCGGCGCUGCAGAGAGCGACGGAGUAGGCAGCGAAGACAGCGGAGACGGCAGCGACGGCGGAGAGGAGGAGGAGGACGCUCUGAGCUGUGUUCUUACGUCGGGAUGGCUGGAAGACCUUCUCCUCGAGGGCGGAAGAGACCGAGAGGGCCUGCGAGAUCUGCUUGACGACGAGCCGUACCCCUGUGCCUGGCUGCGGAGCUGCCGUGGCGGCGCCGGACAGCGCGCACGCAGGCGGAGCUUGGCGAGCGCCGACGAGGAAGCUGCGGACGAGUUGCACGAGUUGAUGGGCGACGGCGGCGACAAAAGCGAGGAGGAGAUGAGUCCCGAGGAGCGCGACGAGUGCGCGAGCCAAGCAGUCGUGCUCAUGGCCGCCGUGCUCGCCGUUCUUUCGUCGCACUCUGCUACUUCGGCGUCGUCGUCUUCGUCGUCCGAGGAGCAGGCCACGAUCGAGAACGAGCUCUUCAGCCUCCUCGGCCUGAAGGCGGUGCACGCGCUGGACUGUCUCUUUGCAAACAUCCCUCUCCUUCUCAAAGAGCUCGAGCAGCUGCGACAUGACCAGAAGACGCGGGAGAAGCACGCACACGCGCAGGGCCUCGCUCGCGUCGGCGCGCAGCUGGUUGGAGCGACGGUCUCGAUAAAGUGCAAGAGCGAGGCGCUGCUGAGUCGCCUGCAGCAGAAGGAGCAGGAGCGCCGGCGGCGGCAGGAAGCGCGUCGCGAAGCCGACAGCAGAAAAGCUACAGGCUCCCGAGACACGGCGGCCGCGGCUGCGCAAGACGGCGAAUCGCUCGAAGAGGCCAUCACCGAGGUGCUGCUCGCCGCCGGUUUUGACCGGCCUGCGAAUCGCCGAGGCGGCAAAGGCGACGUAGGCCUUGGGCGAGGCGGCGACGGACUGUGUUACAAGAAGACGAGGGACGAUUUUCUGGUGGCACCCGCGUCGCUUCCGCGCGGAGCAGUCAGACGCCACGGCGUGAAGUACGAGGAAGUCUUCGUGCCCUCUCCCGAGCCUAAGAAGGUCCCACAGGCCUCUCUGAUUCCGAUUUCGGCGCUGCCGGCGUGGGCGCGCGUGUGCUUCAAGUCGACGUCGCACCUGAACGCCUUGCAGUCCGCGGUGUAUGAGGCUGCCUUCCUGAGCGGGAAGUCGAUGCUAGUCUCGGCGCCGACGGGCGCGGGCAAGACAAACGUCGCAGUGCUCACGAUUCUGCAGCAGAUGUACGAGCACCGGGACCUGCGGCUCGCCCCGGGCGCGCGCCGGCCGCCGCCUCGCGUGGAGGCGGAGCCCGGGGCGAGCCCUGGAGGCGAGUCGUUCGCGCCGCCGUCGGCACGGCUCUUCAAGGUGGUGUACAUCGCGCCGAUGAAGUCGCUGGUCACCGAAGUUGUGGAGAAAUUCACGCCGGUGCUUGGCGAGCUGGGUCUUACGGUGCGCGAGAUGACUGGCGACAUGUCUUUGUCUCGCCAGGAGCUCGAGCGCGCCCACGUGAUCGUCACCGUGCCGGAAAAGUGGGACAUUUUGACGCGCAACGCAAAACACAGCAACUUGGGCACGGGCGAGCAAGCCGAGGAGGAGGAGCGGAGCCUGAUGAGCGUCGUCAAGUGCCUUAUCAUCGACGAAAUCCACCUCCUCGACGAUGAGCGGGGCCCAGUCCUCGAGGCGAUCGUCGCGCGCAUCCUGCGACACGUCGAAACGUCUCAGACACACACGCGACUCGUCGGCAUAUCUGCGACUCUCCCCAACUGGGACGAGGUGGCGGCGUUUUUGCGCGUGGAGCCGUCGAUGGCGUUUUCCUUUGGAAGUGAGCACCGGCCGAUCCCGCUGGAGCAGACGUUCAUUGGCGUGACAGAGAAGGAGAUGAACAAGCAGAAGCAAAUCAUGAACGAACUCUGCUACGCGAAAGUGAUUGAGGCCGUGAAAAACAGUCACCAAGUGCUCGUCUUCGUCCACGCGCGCGGCGAGACCGUGGCGACGGCGGAUUUUCUCAUCCGACAGGCGCAAUCGAAAAAUCAGCUCGGCCUUUUCAUCGCCCAGGCGCAAGAGAGCGCCAGCCACCGGCAGCUCGCCUCGCAGGUCUCCAAGUCGCGGAGUCGCGAGCUGCAGUCGCUCUUUCCAAACGGAUUUGCAGUUCACCACGCGGGCCUCCUCCGCGCGGAUCGCCUCCUGGCAGAAAAACUCUUCCGCACCGGAGCAGUUCGCGUGCUGUGCUGCACCGCGACGCUGGCCUGGGGAGUGAACCUUCCCGCGCGUGCUGUCGUGAUCAAAGGCACGAACGUCUUCGACUCCAAGGCUGGCGGUUUCCGGGACCUCGGCAUUUUGGACGUGCUGCAGAUUUUUGGUCGCGCGGGUCGCCCGCAAUACGACACCAAGGGCUCCGCAGUUCUCAUCACGGGAGGCGAGGCGCGGCUGCAUCGCUACUUGCGUCUGCUCACGCACUCGAUGCCUGUUGACAGCCAGUUUUUGGAGAAUCUUCCGAACGCGCUCAACGCCGAAAUCGCCAUGGGCACUGUGACGACAGUCGAAGAAGCUACCGACUGGCUCCGAUACACAUUCCUCUUCAUCCGCAUGUACAGAAGUCCGACGCAGUACGGCAUGAACGUGCAGGACGUGCUAGCCGACCCCAGCCUCAGCGGCAUGCGCCGAACUCUCAUUUUGCAAGCCGCAAAUAAACUGCACGACGCGCGGUUGAUCCGCUUCAAUCGCACGACGCAGCGGCUCGCCCCGACGGACCUCGGCCGCAUGGCCUCGCGCUACUACGUGGACUACGAGACCGCCAAGACGUUCCGAGAAGAGCUCGAAAAUGAGUUUCUCGAUGACGCCGACAUCUUGAGAAUCAUCGGCUCCGCUAGCGAGUUUGAGAGCAUUAAGGUUCGGGAGGACGAGACCAGCGAGCUGUCAAACCUGCGACGCCGAGACAUCUGCCGGAUUCCGUUCCGCGGCGAUGUAGACACUCCGGCGUGCAAGGUGUCUACGCUGCUCCAGGCGUCUCUGUCGAACGCGAGUCUCCAGUCUUUCUCCCUCUGCGCAGACUCAAACUACAUCAGCUCGAACGUCGGGCGCCUCUUCCGAGCUCUCUUCGUCACGUGCCUGGCGCACUCGCGGUUCUCGACUGCCGAGAAGCUGCUGGAGUGGACGAAGGCGAUUGAGCGCGGCUUCUGGGCUUCGGACCACAUUCUGCGGCACUUUUGCAACCCGAACUGCUUCCAGGCCGACCCGCAGAAACGCAGACAGCAGCUCAUCCCGCAAGCCAACCAAAUGCAAGGCCGCCAAAACCGCCUGGUGCUGCGCGAGAGCGCCGUGAAACGCCUCGAGAAGAUCAAGUUCCCGCUGAGUCGGCUGCGCGACAUGGGAGCGAGUGAAAUAAGCGGGCUGGUUGCGAGCAAAGCCGACGGACAAGACAUCGCGCUGGCAGUGCGCAUGGUUCCCGACCUCGAGGUCGACGCCGUCAUUCAGCCGAUAACGGCCUCGAUUCUGCGCGUUUCGCUUUCGCUGGCCUUCUCGGAGGAGUUUGUCUGGUCGGCCUGGUGGCACGGGACGGGCGAACUGUUCCACAUUUGGGUGGAGGACGUCGACUCCGCGCAGCUGCUGCACACCGAGGAAGUGACUCUCCACAGGGAAAACACGCGCACCCCGGUCGAGGUUUCGGUUGCGAUUCCGCUGCAUGAGCCGCUGCCGAGUCAGUUCCACAUCAACGUCAUUUCUGAUCGCUGGGUGGGAGUCGCCUUCCAUCACAUCUUCUCGCUUCACCACUGUCUGCUUCCGGAUAAACGCCACGCGCACACCGAGCUCCUCGACUUGCAUCCGCUGCCGCGCACAGCGCUGAACAACCGGCAGUUCGAGGAGCUUUACAACUUUACGUACUUCAACCCCAUCCAGACGCAGACUUUCCACGUGUGCUACCACACCAACUACAACGUGCUGCUCGGCGCCCCGACAGGUAGUGGGAAGACCAUUGUGGCAGAGCUCGCGAUGCUUCGAUUGUUCGCCACCUCGCCGAAGCGGAAGAUUGUGUACAUUGCGCCGCUCAAGGCCUUGGCGGCCGAGCGCAUGGAAGACUGGAAAGCUCGCUUCGAAGGCAAGCUGAACAAGCGCGUCGCCGAGUUCACCGCCGAUGCGGCGGCCGAGAACACGCGCGACUUUUGGAAGGCAGACAUUUUCGUUUGCACGCCUGAGAAGUGGGAUGGCCUUUCGCGUCAGUGGAGGCAGCGGACGUUUGUUCAGCAGAUCGGGCUCAUCGUCAUCGACGAAAUUCACCUCCUCGGACAAGAAAGAGGACCGGUGCUCGAGGCGAUCGUGAGUCGCAUGCGCUACGUGAGCAGCCAAACGGAUCAGCCGAUUCGCCUCGUCGGCCUCUCGACGGCUCUUGCGAACGCCACGGAUGUCGCCGCGUGGCUGGGCAUUGGGAAAAUCGGCCUCUUCAACUUCAAGCCAGCCGUCAGACCGGUGCCUUGCACCGUGCACAUUCAGGGCUUCCCGCAAAAGCACUACUGCCCACGAAUGAACGCCAUGAACAAACCGGUGUUUGACGCGCUUCUGACGCACGCCACGCCCGCGCUCUCGCCGGAGGAGAUCGCUGCGUCGCCCGAGAUCCUCAACGGCGUCUACAGCACCUCGCCUUCUCCGCCUCCCUCUUCUUCCUCGUCCUCCUGCUCUUCUUCCUCUUCUUCUUCAUCGGCUUCUCUGGGCGACGCGCCGCGGCCGUUCUCGCCGACGGCGCUGCGGCCUUCGCUUGUGUUUGUCGCCUCGCGCAGACAGACGCGGCGGACGGCCAACGAGCUCGUCGCGCUGCUCCACACUCAGCACGAGGAGGCUGGCGAGCUCUUCCUUGACGUGCGGCCUGAGGAGACUCAGGAGUUCCUCCGCACAGUCGAGAGCGUCCAGGACGCCUCGCUGCGCACAACGCUGCAGCACGGCGUGGCGAUCCACCACGCGGGGCUCUCGCCCAACGACCGCGCUGUCUCCGCGCGGCUCUUCGAGCGGGGCUUCGUUCGCGUGCUUGUCGCGACGGCGACGCUGGCGUGGGGAAUGAACUUGCCUGCGCGGCUCGUUGUCGUCAAGGGCACGGAGUACUACGACGGCGAGACGAAGCGCUACGUCGACUUCCCUAUUACGGACCUCCUCCAGAUGAUUGGACGCGCAGGGCGCCCACAGUUCGACAACCAAGCCGUCGCGGUCAUUCUGUGUCAGGAGAGCAAAAAGAAUUUUUACAAGCGCUUCCUCUAUCAGCCGUUCCCAGUCGAGUCUUGCCUGCUUCGCGUGCUCGCAGAGCACCUCAACGCAGAAAUCGUCGGCGGCACGAUUCAGACAAAGCAGCAAGCUAUAGAAUACCUGACCUGGACUUACUUCUUCAGGCGCGUGACGUCGAAUCCGUCGUACUACGACCCAGCACUGAUGAUUCAGGACAUGACUAGCUCGUUCGGCGCUGGCGGGCGACCGGAGUCCGCGGCUCGCAGGCGGCGCGCGGCGAUUGCCGCAUUCGUGGACAAGGCGGUCUGCGAGGCACUCGACGAGCUGCUGGAGGCGCGCGCGAUCGCGCUGCGCUUCCCCACGGCGGAGGAACAAGCUGCCCUGUGGCAGAGUCUUGCGGAGGCGGAUGCGAGUCGCGGCGAGGAGGAGGCAGACGGCGAAGAGGCGCAGGCCGUGCGGGAGCAGCUGGCUCUAGGUGAAGAAGAGACAGCCGGCGCAGCCGUCAAGCCGCGAAGGGGGACUGGGAGGAAGCGCGGCGGCCGCGACAUCUUCGAGGACGAAGAGACGGAGCCCGCCCCGCUCGAGCCGGUCCUUGAAAGCACCGCGCUGGGCCGCGUUGCCUGCGUGAACUACAUCUCGCCGAAAACCGCGAAAAUGCUCGUCGAGGCGCUCAGACCCAUCAGCCCCGAGGAGAAACAAGAGGGAAAACAAAAACUCAACUUUGUCUCAAUCGUCAAACUCCUCGCCGACGUGCCUGAAUUCAGUCAAAUGCCCGUCAGACACAACGAAGACAAUUUGAAUUCCGAUUUCUGUCAAAUUUGUCCCUUCCCCAUCGACCCGUCUACCGUCGACUCGGCGCAUACCAAAACUUUCUUGCUGCUGCAGGCCCAGCUCUUUUCGCUCCCUGUGCCCAUUGCUGACUAUAAGACGGACUUGAAGUCUGCGCUUGACAACUCGAUGCGAAUUCUCCAGGCCAUGCUUGACAUUUGCACGGAGGAGGCGCAGCUGAGCUACGCGCUGCACAUCAUUCUUCUUCUUCAGUGCCUCACUCAAGGCACACAUCCUGUGCGAUCGUCGCUGCGGAAUCUCCCGCAUCUGUCGCAUGCCGACUUCGACGUGCUUCGCCGCUUGGAGGAGCUCCGUGUGCGGUCGCUCGCUGGGCUAGUCGAGCACGAGUUCCCCAUGAGUCCGCUGCUGCAGGCCGGGCUGACAGACCGGCAGACUCAGGACGUGUGCGAGACGCUCAAGAAGUUCCCUCGCCUGCGCGUGCGCUCUCGCUUGUUUGUCAAGCUUCCCGCGGAGCGCCAGGGGCUAGAGGGCGCGGCGGCUGUCGAAGACGAAGAGGAGGAAGUCGUGUUCGAGCGCGUGGUGCCGCAGCGGCGCUUCAGAGACGACGAAGAAGAACUCGUUCAUUUGGUUGACCCCGGCGUCGACCUUCAUCUCGAAGUUGGGCUGUCGUACGCCAACAAGCUGCCGCACGUCGCCUACACCCCCCGCUUUCACAAACAGAAAACUGCCGGCUGGUUCCUUCUGCUUGGCGACGCCGACGAGGAAGUCGACGAGCUUAUUGCGCUGCGCCGCGUGCACAUUUCCCGCGGCCGCACAGAGGCGAGCUUCGAAUUCUCUGCGCCGGACAUUCCCGACGCGGCCUUCGCGCUGACGCUGUACAUCUGCAGCGACACGUACGUAGGUCUCGACCAAGAAGUUGAAAUUUUGAUCCGCACGGCGCCCGCCCCCUCUGGAAGCCCGGGCGCGUCGAGCGAGCACCUCGACGACGCGUGA